GCUGGGUCGCUGGGUCAUGUUAUUGUUUGUUAUUUUGUGUCUUUAGUUCCACUCUCAAUAAUACUAAGUUUGUUUGGUAGUUUUUUUUUUAAACAAUAUUGGUUUUAAAAUAUAUUUACCAACUAUAAAUCUGUAUUUAUAAAUAAAAUAAAAGGCAGAUAGAAUCAAGCGAAAACUAUGAAGAAAGGUUGCAUUCAGUUUGAGGUUAUUGUAGGAACCUACGAGGAAUUCGUUCUUGGAUACCAGUUUUACUUAAAUGAUGAUAAAUGCACGGGAGAGCUAAGUCAGGCGUUUGCCACACACUCCCACCGAGCAAGUGUGCGGUCUGUGGCGAGUCAUGGCAAGCUGGUGGUGUCAGGUGGAGCUGACGAGACUAUCAACAUCUACAACAUGUUCACACGCAGGGAGUGCGGCAUGCUCAUGGAACACAACGGUACAAUCACAAGUCUGAGCUUCACUCCAGACGGUUCACAUCUGAUCAGCACGAGUGAAGACGGCUCCAUCAAGAUCUUCAGACAGGGGAGCUGGCAGAUGGAGAAAGUGUGGCCGAACGCUCACAAAGGAACUGCUGUCACUAGUCUCUCGGUUCAUCCUAGUGGCAAGAUGGCGUUGUCGGUGGGGAAGGAUCACACACUGCGCACGUGGAACUUGGUCAAAGGUCGUCCUGCCUACACUACCAAUCUGUACAGCCGAUGUCGUCAGCUGGAGCAGGUGGUGUGGUCGCCCGAGGGAACGUUGUUUGCCAUCCCCAUGGACUGCAAGGUGGAGGUCACCAGUACACAGAAGGCUGGUGUAUUAAACACGCUGGAGCUGCAGUCCAAAGUUACGUCGUGUGUGUUCUUGUCGGAGGAGGUGUUUUGUGUGGGAGAAGCUUCGGGCACAGUGACAGCUCACAACCCGUCGUCUGCCGCUCAGCUGUGGAGUCUAGCAGGUGACGAUAGAGUGAGAGGAUUGGCCAGCCUGCAUGGCCACCUAGUGACUGCUACCAGUAGUGGACGAAUCAGUGUGUUCAGUCUCAACAAAGACUUCACCUCAGCACCACAACUGGUCACUUCCACUGACUGUGGCUGUAGGAUCACCUGUCUCACACUGUACGACUACAAGAGGUAAGUUCCUUAGUGACUG